CAUCACUUCCUGCUCAGAGGUCACUUGUCAUCAUGUCUGUGCUGAACACCGUGUACCGCUCGCUAUUCCGCCGGACCUCCGCCUUCACACUCUCCAUCGUGGUGGGGGCGGUGCUGUUCGAGAGGGCGUUCGACCAAGGGGCUGAUGCGCUGUUCGAGCACCUGAACCAAGGGAAAUUGUGGAAGCACAUAAAGCACCAAUAUGAACAGAAAGAGGAAUAGGAAGUGGAUUGACGUGACCAGAUCUGGCACCUUGAACCGGACAGUGGCCAAAAAGGACAUACUUUUGAAAAUGUAGAGACAGUCCUGUCCCACCUGCUUAUCUGUUCACCAAUUGGUGCAAAUCUUUUUAGUUGUAAAGCUGCAGUGAAAAAUCUUACUGCUGCCGUGAAUUGAGAUGAUGGCAACACAGCAACCUCUGUCACAUGUCUCAACAACUGGUCAUCAAAUAUUGGAUGUAUCCUGCAAUUGAACAUAUGCUGUAAUAAAAUAUUCUACAUGUA